GCCGCUCCGACGUGACGGACGUGUGCGCACAGCAGUUGCUCGCUUCCACGUGGGGGCAGAGUUUCGAACUGCUAUCAUCGAUGUGUUUAAUCGCGUGCGUUUCGCAGAGUCAAGCGGCGAUGCUAAAGUGAACAUAUAACGCGCCGAGCUUCCCAAAUCGCGGUUAACCGGGUGACAGUGAAUCUAUCAAUGGUGGAAUCAUCGAAAAAAGAUCGUUUCGUGUUCGCGAUCGCCGCGCUUAACUCCAAAGUGCAGUGACACGGUUGUUUAAUACGUUCGCGCGAGCGUCAGUGAGACUCGGUGGACAGUGGAUAAUACGUGGAAUUUGGAUUACAGGAAGCACAAUUACGGAAAGGGCUGCGUCGCUGCGUGAGAGAGAACCGUCACCGUCGUCGUUGUGGGGAUUGCAGCAAAAAUAAGGUGAGUCAUUGUUGCAAAAAAGAGACACGCUCUUCGUGCGGCACAGAGGACGGCGCCGUUCUUUUGUAAGAUGAGAGUCAUAAAGCCUGCCGGAACAAGAAACUGGGGGCAAGCAACGUCGGCGACUUGAGAAUCCUCGUGCGAUGACUCAUUGUCAAUCGAAGUGAUCCGAACCGGUUUCGUGACUUUUUAGACGAUGGCUACUCCUUAAUAACGAUCAAGGUGACCGCUACCGAUACGGGGCCGGAAGUCUCGUGCCUCGCAGCGGCCUCGUUCUGCCGGGCGGAAAACAAGAAGCCGGGCAAGAGCGUUUAUCGACAAGUACCGACGAUGAGCUAGCGGCACCAACAUGCGUAAGAUGAAGCAGCGCGUGCUGCACGCCUGGCCAUGGUUAUGGCUGUGGCUAUUCGCAGCUACAGCCGGCUUUCCGUCUUCCGACACUUCCGCACCGACGACUCUUCUGCCGCCGCACGGAAUCGAGGGAGGAGGAAGCGGUGGUGGUGGCGGUGGUGGCGGCGGCGGCGGCGGCGGGUCGAUGAAGUCGUCGGUCUCGUCGAUCGGCACCGCUACGACCCCGCCGACCUCCGAGGGUGACGCGGAUCUCUCGUCCGAGCCCGAGUUUCGUUUCACUCAACCCUUGUACAACGUCUCCAUUCCGGAGAAUUCCAUCGGCAAGACGUACGUCGUGCCCGGGGACAGGAUGGGUAUAAAACUCGCGUCCGCCGACAAUGACGUUGACAUUAAGUUCCGCAUAGUGAGCGGUGAUCGCGACAAGUUCUUUAAAGCGGAGGAGCUGACGGUCGGCGAUUUUUGCUUCCUCCUAAUUCGGACUCGAACCAGCAACGUCGACGUGUUGAAUCGCGAGCGCAAAGACCGGUACGUGCUCGAGGUGAGCGCCACUUUGAGCAGGCGCGAUGCUAGGAACAGAGUGAUCACGCUCGAGGCGGGCGCCACGGUGGUAGUGACGAUCCUCGACACGAACGAUCUCAAUCCGCUGUUCUAUCCGAUCGAGUACGAGACCACGGUAACGGAGGACACGCCUUUGCAUCGUAGCAUACUCAGGGUAAUCGCCGAGGACGCCGAUCUCGGCAGGAACGGCGAGAUUUAUUAUAGUUUUGCCGAGGAGACCGAUCAGUUUGCCGUUCAUCCAGUCAGCGGCGUAAUAACGCUCACGAGACCGCUCAGGUACGCGGAACGCGCCAUACACGAGCUGGUAGUCUUAGCGAAGGAUCGCGGCGUCCUGUUUCGUAGCGUGGGCACCAGCCACGCGAGCACCGCGAGGGUCACGAUCAGGGUGCAGCAAGUGAACCUGUACGCGCCCGAGAUGGAGGUAAAUUCGUUUCCCGAGAAUUCAAUCGUCGAGAAUUCAAAUGCCGAUAUUUACGCGGUCGUGAAAGUGACGGAUCGUGACGAGGGCGUGCACGGUCAAAUCGCGAGCCUCGACAUCGUGGGCGGCGAUCCGUCCGGCCAUUUCAGGGUGCGUUCGGGCUCCGUGCCGAAGGAGUACAACAUCGAGGUGUUACACCUGCUUGAUCGCGAGACCGCGGUGCAGGGUUACAAUCUCACCCUGCGCGCCAUGGAUCGCGGAGUGCCGCAGCGUUACAGCUACAAAUUCGUUUCGGUGCAUUUAACCGACGUGAACGACAACGCGCCGGUGUUCAGCCGCGAGAUCUACGAGGUGAAGGUGCCGGAAACGGCACCCGUUAACACGCCGAUCAUAAGACUGAAAGUGACGGACGCGGACGAGGGGAAGAACGCGCUGGUGUAUCUCGAGAUAGUAGGCGGCAACGAGGGUGGCGAGUUCUACGUGAACGCCGACACCGGCAUGCUGUACACAGCCGUGAAUCUGGACGCGGAGAAGAAGGCGUUCUACACGCUCACGGUAUCGGCGAUCGAUCAGGGUAACGCCGGCACUAGAAAGCAAUCUUCGGCCAAGGUGAAGAUCAACGUGGUCGACACUAACGACAACGAUCCGACUUUCGAUCAACCGGAAAUGGAGGUGUGGUUAGACGAGAACGAGCCGGCCGGCACGUCAGUCGUGCGAGUGACCGCGAAGGAUCGCGACUCCGGCGAGAACGCCUACAUAUCGUACAGCAUCGACAACCUGAAGAAAGUACCGUUCGAGAUCGAUCACUUCUCCGGCAUCGUCAAGACCAAACAGGUGCUUGAUUACGAGACCAUGAAGCGGGAGUAUCUGCUGCACGUGCGAGCCAGCGACUGGGGCCUGCCCUAUCGCCGUCAGGCGGAGAUGCAAUUGCGGGUGAGACUGCGUGACGUGAACGACAAUCGACCGCAGUUUGAACGGAUCGACUGCACCGGUCACGUGCCGCGAUACGUGUCGAUCGGCUCCGAGAUCAUCACCGUGUCCGCGAUCGACUUCGACGCCGGGAACAUCAUCAGUUACCGCAUAGUGUCCGGCAAUUCCGACGGCUGCUUCGCUCUCGACUCGGCUAGCGGCGUUCUCUCCGUCGCCUGCGACCUGUCGGACGUCAAGGUCAGCGAGAGGACUGUCAACGUUACCGCCACCGACGGCACGCACUUCGCCGACGUCAAUCCCGUGCACAUGCAUCUCGUAAACGCCAAACGGAAUCUGGGCUCGCAGGCGAGAAUCUUGUCGGACGAGGCCGGUGCUUUCGAGUGUCACGAAACCGGCGUGGCGCGCCGACUGACGGACGCGAUCGCCUCCGCCGAGAGGAACAACAUGCCGUCGCGGGACGACGAGUACACCAUGAUACCGAGUCGUUAUGGCGAGAACAUACACGCGCCGGAAUUUAUCGAUUUUCCGAGCGAGAUACGCGUCAACGAGUCGCUCAAGCUCGGCACGACCCUCGUGCGAAUACGCGCCCGCGAUCGCGAUUUAGAUUACAACGGCAAGCUCGUCUUCGUCAUCUCCAGCGGCGAUCGCGACUCCGUAUUCGGCAUCGAUCCGGACACCGGCGAUCUCAACACAAUCGGUUACCUGGAUCGCGAGCGCGAGAACGAGUAUUUUCUAAACAUCAGCGUGUACGAUCUGGGCAAGCCGCAGAAAUCCUCCUCGAAGAUGCUGCCGGUCACCAUCCUCGACGUCAACGACAACGCGCCCAAGUUCGAGAAGUCCUUGGCGAGCUUCCGGAUCUCCGAGACUGCUUUAAACGGCACCAACGUGUGGCGCGCCAACGCCACCGACGCCGAUCUCGGCGAGAAUGCGCGCGUCACCUACUCCCUCGUGACGGAAACCAACGAUUUUCGCGUGGAUCCCGUGACGGGUGUGCUCAGUGUUUUUGGCAAGCUCGACAGAGAACGGCAAGAGAUAUACGAGCUGAGAAUUCGCGCACGUGACAACGGCGGCAAGAGUGCCGACGCCACGCCCUUGUAUUCCGACGCGCUCGUCAGAGUGACGGUCGACGACGUCAACGACAAUGCGCCUACCUUCGCGCUGUCGAGUUACAACGUUAAGAUUCGCGAGGACGUGCCGGUGUGGACCGUCGUGGCCGUUGUGGACGCCACCGAUCCCGACGAAGGCGCGGGCGGCGACGUGGAGUACUUUUUGACGGACGCCAUGGAGAGCGAGGGCUACUUCAAGGUCGACAAAGUGUCGGGCACAGUGAGAACGACUCAAAGUUUAGAUUUCGAGGAACGGCAAGUGCACACGUUGACGAUAGUCGCGCGCGAUCGCGGUGAUCCGUCUUUGUCUUCCGAGACGAUGCUCAUAAUCGAAGUGAUUGACGUGAAUGAAAAUCUGCAUCCACCGGUCUUCGAUAACUUUGUCGUGUCCGCGAGUGUCUUCGAGAAUCAAGCGAUCGGCACCCUCGUCACUACAGUUCGAGCGAAGGACGCGGAUCCACCCGGCGGAGAUUCCAGGAUCGGAUACAGCAUUCGAGGAGGCGACGGCAUCGGGAUCUUUUCCAUCGACAAUGAAGGAAACAUCAGGACCAAGGCGGUGCUCGAUGUCGAGACGAAGAGAGGAUAUUGGUUGACGGUCUACGCCCAGGAUCACGGAGUAGUUCCGCUUAGCUCGAGUCUGCAAGUUUACGUCGAGGUGCUGGACGAGAACGAUAACACGCCGCUGACCGAACUUCCAGUUUACUAUCCCUCCGUACCGGAGAACUCGCCCGCCGGCGUGAGCGUCCUGCAGAUCCGCGCCUUUGAUCGCGACGUCUCGCCCCAGCAAUUCGUCUUCGCCAUCAGCAGCGGCAAUCCUGAGGGUUAUUUUCUCAUCAACUCUACCACCGGUCUCAUCAGUACCAGCGGCAGGAAGCUCGACCGUGAGAAUCAAGCGGAGCACGUGUUGGAGGUUACAGUGAGAGACGAUGGCAGGCCUCCUUUGUCGUCGACUACGAGGGUCAUCAUCGAUGUGGCGGACAUUAAUGACCACAAACCCGAGUUCGAACAGAAAUUCUACACGGUUCAGAUUCCGGCGUCGCCCGGGACCGACAAGCCCCAUUUUCAGAAAUCGAGGAACCGCUCGCGGGAGUUCGACCUUUCAAUCGAUACGUUACUAGAGAACGGGACUUGGGAGACGUUUAGCCCCGACACCCUGUCAGGAGAUCGUAUCUUCAGGGUUUUCGCGCAUGAUCAAGACAUCGGUGACAACGGAAGGAUCGAGUACAGCAUCAAGGCCGGUCGAGGAAAGGGCAAGUUUAAAAUUCAUCCUACCACGGGAUUGGUUUAUUCUCAGCGUGAAUUCGAGGCUGGUCAGGAAUACGAAUUAAUAAUACGAGCGGCCGAUCACGGCGAACCUCAGCGUCACGAGACCACUCGAGUUUCCGUUCAAGUUCAAGAGGCGCCGAAGGAAUCGAAGAACCCUCCGGUGUUCAAGACAAAUAAUCAAAGCGUGAAAGUCACGGAGAGCGACGAGGCCGGCUUUUUGGUCGCUCUUGUGCAAGCCAGUGACAAAGACGGCGAUUCUCUGCGGUACGACAUUUUAGAUGGCGACAAGCGCGAUGAAUUCUUCAUCGGCCGCGACAACGGCAACGUGCUGCUGGCCAAGAGUCUCGACUGGGAAACCCAAAACUUUUACAAUCUCACUAUCAGCGUAACGGACGGCGUGCACACGGCGCUGACGCAGCUGCUCGUUACCGUGAUCGACAUCAAUGAUCAUCGGCCGGAGUUCACCGAGAGCACGUAUCGCGUGGACAUCUCGGAGAACGUGGAGAAAGGCGAGAAAAUUCUGCAACUGCACGCGACCGACGACGACGAGGACAAGAAGGUCUUCUACAGUCUGCACGCGGCGCAGACCCAGGCCUCCCUCGAGAUCUUCCACGUGGACUCGGUGCUAGGCUCGAUCACGUUGAACGAGCCGCUCGAUCGGGAGGCCAUCGAGGAGCACGUGCUGACGGUGAUGGUCAAGGAUCAAGGCACGCCGGCCAAGCGCAACUACGCCCGAGUGAUCGUCACCGUGCACGAUCACAACGAUCACAUGCCCGAGUUCAUCAGCGAGAUUAUUCAGGGCAAGGUGUACGAGACCUCGCCGAUUGGCGCGGCGGUGGUGCAGGUGUGCGCGAUCGAUCGGGACCGCGGUGAGAACGCCAGGAUUACGUACUCGAUCACGUCUGGCAACGUCGGCAACGUGUUCGCCAUUGACCCCGAGCUGGGUUUCAUCCGCGUCGCUCGCGAGCUCGAUCUCAGCGUCUCGUCCGAGUACAUUCUCCUCGUGAAAGCGACCGAUCACGGCUCGCCCGCGCUGUCCAACACCGUGCCGGUGCACAUGAUGGUGACGAUGGCCGACAACGCGCCGCCGCGUUUCAUUCAGAAGGAGCUGUCCGCGGAGAUAUACGAGAAUCAGCAGCUGGGCACGUACGUGAAGCACGUCGAGGCGAGGAGCACGUCGUCGUUGCAGUUCGAGAUUGUGCAAGGCAAUCGCGACGACACGUUCUUCGUGAAUCCGAGCACCGGCGUGAUCGUUAUCAAGAAUCAGUUGGAUUACGAGAAGACCAAGUUCUACAAUCUGACAGUGUCGGCGACGAAUAUGGCCGGUUCAUCGGCCAGCUGCAACGUCAUUGUCCACGUGCUUGAUAGGAACGACAACCCUCCGCGCUUUCUGCAGGCGCUGUACAGCGGCGAGAUCAGCGAAGGUGCCAGCAUCGGUUCCCUCGUGCUCACCAACACCAGCGCGCCGCUGGUCAUCAAGGCCGAGGACGCGGACUCCGAAUUGAACGCCCUUCUCAAUUACGACAUCGUCGAGGACCUACCGCGAAAGUAUUUCCACAUAGACUCCAGCACCGGUGCCAUCCGCACGGUCAUGGUGCUCGAUCACGAGACGAUACCCAUGUUCUCGUUUCACGUGAAGGUCUCGGAUCUAGGCAAGCCGAAGCUCUCGUCCGAAACCACCGCCAAAGUCAUGAUAGCCGUGACGGAUGUCAACGACUGUCCGCCCGAAUUCACGAAAUCCGGUUACAACGUCACGCUUCUGCAGCCAACGUAUAAGAAUGUCGCCGUUAUUCGUGUGAACGCCGUGGAUCCUGACAGCUCCGAGGGAACCGCGUUGAGAUAUGACAUUAUCGACGGGAAUAAGGCUCACAUCUUUGAUAUAGAUGCCCAAAGCGGCAUCAUAACGGUCCACAAUCCGGAUCGUUUGAAAAAGAGCUAUCGCCUCGACGUACGAGUUUCGGAUGGCAAGUACUCGAACGUGGCGCAGGUGAACGUGAUGGUGGAGAAAUCGGAAAAUUCCGGUUUAAUCUUCCAGAAAAACGUUUACGAGGGUGCCAUUCUGGAGAACUCGACGAAAAUUACGACCGUAGUGGUGGUGAACGUUCUCGGUAGCUCGUUGAAUGAGCACAUUGUCUUCAGCAUUCUUAAUCCCACCGAUAUGUUCGUAAUCGGGCCAACUUCCGGCGCGAUCAGAACCACCGGCAUACGAUUCGAUCGAGAAGCGUGCGAUCACUACGAAUUAAUCAUCGAGGCGAAAAGUCACCCGCCGAACCGAGAGAAGCCCAGAGUGGCUCACGUUAUAGUGAACGUCACUAUACUCGAUAUCAACGACAAUUGUCCAAUGUUCGUUAAUCUACCUUACUACGCUGUCGUGUCCGUCGACGCUCAAAAAGGCGAUGUCAUUACGAAGGUUCACGCGAUAGAUAUGGAUAGCGGCGAUAACGGCGAGGUGAGAUACGAAUUGAAGAAAGGUCACGGUGAACUGUUCAAGGUGGAACGGAAAACUGGCGAAAUAUCGUUGAAGCAAAAUCUCGAGGGCCACAAUCGCGAGUAUCAGCUUACGAUCGCCGCGUACGACGGCGGAAUAACGCCUUGCUCCAUUGAGGUGCCAGUCAACGUGAAGGUGAUAGAUCGCUCGAUGCCGGUAUUUGACAAGCAAUUCUACACGGAUAGCGUGCUCGAGAGUAUAGAAGUUCAUUCACCUCUUGCGUUAUCCAUUCAAGCUGAGUCACCUUUGAAUCGCAAACUCAUAUACAGCAUUACUAAGGGCAACGAUUUUGAGGAGUUUGCUCUGGACUUUAACACGGCCCCCGACAGUAACAAUGGUCCUUGUGUAAUCUAUGUGGUGGAUGAACUGGAUUAUGAACAAAAGAAGCAGUACGAACUGACCGUACGCGCCACUGACAGCGUGUCAGGCGUUUACGCGGAGGUGCUCGUCAGUAUUCUCGUCCUGGACGUAAACGACUGUCCGCCCGAAUUCACGCAGGAUUCCUACAACAUUUCGGUGUCGGAAGCAGCGCCUUUUGGAACCUCCGUUUUACGAGUGAGCUCAAGGGACAAUGACACAGGCAUAAAUCAACAGGUGCGUUAUGCCAUUCAAAACGACACGGAGAACAGCACGGAUCUCUUUCACAUCGAUCCCGAUGAGGGCAUAAUAUUUCUCAAGCGAUCCUUGGACCACGAGACUCACGAGUCCCAUCAUUUCACGGUGAUCGCCAUGGAUCGCGGCGUGCCAAGUCUCUCGAGCACAGCGCACGUCUGGGUGAGCGUGAUCGACAUGAACGACAAUCCACCCAAAUUCGAGCAGCCGUCGUAUACCUGCUUCCUGUCGGAGCACGCCGAGCGCGGCCAAUUUGUGACAGUAGUAUCGGCCAGCGAUCCCGAUUACGUCGACGAGAAGCUAACAUACACCAUCGUGGGCGGCAACGAGCAGCAGACGUACAACAUCGAUCAAUCGACCGGCGUUAUCUCGCUGAUAAACAUGCAGAACUUCGGCGAGCAGAAGCUCAGCAUGCUCAACGUCUCCGUUACUGACGGCGUCUACACCAGCUUUACUCGUGUGAAAAUCGAAAUCUUACCGGCAAACCGGCACAAUCCAAAGUUUACAAAUCCGGUGGUCGAGGUGGUCGUAUUGGAGAACCAGUUGCCCGGUAGACUAGUGACCAACGUGCUGGCCAUGGACGAGGACUUCGGCGAGUACGGCACGGUGACGUAUACGAUAAUGUCGGAGAUGAUGAAGGAGGUGUUCGACAUAAACAAGCACACUGGCGAGAUCGUGACGCGCAAGAAGCUCGAUCGGGAGCAGCAGAAGCGUUACGAGAUACCGGUUAUGGCGAUGGACGGCGGCGGCAGGCUCGGAUUCGUGAUGGUGCGAGUGAAGGUCGGCGACGAGAACGACAAUGCGCCGGUGUUCAGUAUCAGAGAGUACAAAGCGACUAUUCAGGGCAACUUGUCUCUGAAUGCAGUCUUUUUGAAAGUUAAGGCGCAGGAUGCGGACGAGGACGAGGCGGCCAAGAUUGUUUACUCGAUUUACGAGCCGCAAACGUCACCGGCCCGGUCUCUGUUCGGCAUUAAUUCGGACACGGGCGCGCUUUAUUUGCAGAAGAGCGCUGUGCCGUGGGAAAACCAAUUGUUUGAGUUCUUUAUUCGCGCGGAGGACAAAGGCAUGACUACGCACCACGCCGAUGUACCGCUCAGCAUUUACAUAAUGGGUCCGCAGGACAUUCCUCCUUUGUUCGAGCGAAAGGAAGAUAAAUUCUUUAUAAGAGAGGACUCUGCCGUCGGUACGCCGAUCACGAAACUCAAAACCGUCACUAAUAGCACUGUGACAUAUCGCAUAGUAUCCGGCGACGAGGAUAAUCCGCUUUUCACGAUCAAUUCUCACGGCCAGAUCACAUUGGCGAGACCGUUGGACCGAGAGUUGAAAGACAGCCAUCUGAUCGGUGUUCUCGCCGAAACGGAUUCCAGUCCGCCGCUCACGGCACUCGCCGAGAUUUCCCUUCAGGUGCAGGACGAGAACGAUCACGCGCCGAAAUUCGAGAGUAAUCCAUACGCGAUCAAUUUGGCUGAAAACAUCGAAGAGGGAACGUCUAUAUUGAAAGUCAUUGCGCACGAUAAGGAUCUCGGUAGUAACGGCGAAGUGCGUUACUCCUUUGGAUCCGACAUUGGCGAAUUGGCGAAUGUAUUCACGGUGGAUCCUUACACCGGUUGGAUCUCGACAUUGGUGCAGCUCGAUAAGGAGAAGCAGCCGGAAUAUAAAUUUCAGGUGGUCGCCACUGACAAUGGAAAUCCAAAGCACUUCGCGAGAACGUCCGUGCACGUCAAGCUAAAGGACUAUAACGACAACGCGCCCGCAUUCGUCGACGAUCGUUACGAGGCAACGGUGAACGAGGAUGCUCUACCCGGGACGGUUGUGGUAAAAUUGGUUACUGUCGAUAAAGACUCGGACGUCAACACGCCGAUAGAAUUUUACAUCACGUCCGGCGAUCCUAGAUCGCAGUUUCAAAUCAGAUCUACCGGCGAGGUGUACGUGGCGAAAUCCUUGGACAGAGAAACGAUCGAUCGCUACGAGCUAGAGAUCGUUGGUACCGACGGGAAAUACGUAUUCGAGACGAAAGUGACGGUGCAAAUUUUAGACGUCAACGACAAUCCACCGUACUGUCUGAGAUAUCGCUACAGAGAGAUACUUUCCGAAGGCUCGCAUCCUGGCGCCUACGUUCUGACCGUAUUGGCCACCGAUUACGACGACGAGCCGAACGCUAAACUGCGAUUCUACCUAACCGGCGACAAUAACGACAAGUUCUCGUUGGAUAAAGAAACAGGCGUGCUGAAAACCGUCGGACAACUGGAUCGAGAGACCCAAGCGAAGUAUUCUCUGACGGCGCACGUGCAGGACCGGGACAAGCCGACCUGGGAGUGCUCGUCGCAGCUGGAGAUUCUUAUCUCCGAUCUUAAUGACAACGCGCCGAAAUUCACGAUGCAAACUUACAGCAGUACGCUGCCCGAGGACGUGGAGAUCGGCACGCUGGUGACAAAAGUGCACGCCACGGACGACGAUAUCGGCAUCAAUCGAAAGAUCAGAUACGAGUUCAUUGAUUCGGCGGACGGCCAUUUCCUCAUCGCGGCGGACAGCGGGAUAAUUACGCUGGCCAAGCCGCUGGACAGAGAAACCAAGGCUAUAUACAACGUGAGCAUUCAAGCGCUCGAUCAGGGCACCCCGCAGCUGAUGGGCGUCGCCUCGCUCAUCGUUAACGUGCAGGAUAUCAACGACAAUCCGCCGGAGUUCGCUUCCAAGAUGUACUUCGCGAAAGUGCCGGAGAUCUAUGCGGUCGGCACCGAGGUGGCUCGGGUGCUCGCCACCUCCAAGGACACGGGGGUGAAUGCCGAUAUAUAUUAUUCGAUCAUCGGCGGCAAUGAGCACAAGAAGUUCCAGAUCGACGCCAAGACAGGCGUCGUGGCCAUCGCCGAACAGCUGGAUUACGAGCGGGCUCGCGAUUACAUCCUUACGAUCCAAGCUGUCGACGGAGGCAUUCCGCCGCUGAGCAAUCACGCCACUGUCAAUAUCACUAUCACCGACAGCAACGACAACGCGCCGAUCUUUAGCGAGGUUUCGUACAGGGCUUUCGUGAGGGAAGAUGCGAAAAUCGAGGAGAAAGUUACGCAGGUGUUCGCAAACGACUUGGACAGCGGGGAGAACAGUAACGUGUCGUAUUUUAUAGAACGUGGCGACAGACAGAAACAGUUCUCCAUCGAUGUGAAAACCGGACAGAUAACUGUCGCGGCGCCGCUAGAUCGAGAAGAAAUUGCAAAUUACAUGCUGGAAGUGCACGCGCGUGACAACGGCGUGCCGAUGCUGUCGAACUUCGUAAUGGUGAAUAUCGAGAUUCUGGAUGCGAACGACAAUCCGCCAUUAUUCGCCCGGACAAAUUACACGGCAGUUGUGCAAGAGGACAAGCCGCUCGGCCACACGAUCCUGCAAUUCGUGGUUACCGACGCGGACAUCGAGCCGAACGCCGACCCUUACACCUUCGAUUUUCGCUCCGGAAACGAGGGCGACGCUUUUCGACUCGAGCAGGACGGCACUCUGCGAACGGCGAUGAAAUUUAACAACAGAGUGAAGGAUAAGUAUGUGUUGCACGUUCGCGUGUUCGAUAAUGGCAGCCCGCCGUUGUACUCGGACGCGUGGGUUGUAAUCAACGUGAUCGAGGAGUCGCAGUAUCCGCCGGUGAUCACCCCCCUCGAGGUGAUCAUCAAUUCUUACAUGGACGAGUAUCCCGGCGGCAUUAUCGGGAAAGUGCACGCGACCGAUCAGGACCAGUACGACACGCUUCUCUUCAGUUUGGUGCCGUCUUUACCGAUCUCGAAUACCGAUCUUUUCCAAAUAGACAAGAUCGACGGCACAUUAGUGGCCUUACCCAGACUCGACGUGGGCGAGUACAGAAUAAACGUCAGCGUGACGGAUGGCAAAUUCCACUCGUACUCGAUCCUGAAAGUCAACGUCGACCUGGUGACCGACACAAUGCUCGAGAACUCGAUGAUCGUGAGAUUUCGAGGGGUCAGCCCGGAGGAUUUCAUGCUGAGCCAUCGCAAAGGUUUCGUGAGGACCGUUCGCAACGCGAUGAGCUGUCGACUCAAGGACAUCGUCAUCAUCAGCGUGCAACCGUCGACCGACGAAGUGAAUCUGAUCAAAUCGCGGGCGCUCCGUCAGGCGGUGCACAACGAUCUCGAUCUUCUGUUCGCUGUGAAGAAGAUGAUGGGCCCCGCGAGCUCGUCAGGCUUCCACUCGUCCGAGAGCAUACUCGAGGCGUUGAACCAGCACGUGGAGGAACUGGAGGAAUCGACGAAGCUGGUCGUCGAGGACAUCGCUCGGUUCAAGUGCAACAAAGGCUACUGCUUCUACGGCGACUGCCAGGACAAGAUCAUUCUCGAUCCCGCGCAAAUCACGUCCGUGUCGACCGACGUGAUGAGCUUCGUGUCGCCGCGGCACAAGCACAAGAUGGAGUGCAAUUGCAAGGAGGGUUACGCCGGCGUGCACUGCGAAGUGGUGGUGAACGAGUGCGCCAGGGAUCCCUGCCCCAUGUUCAAAGUCUGCGUGCCGGACUCGUCCGUGCAAGGGUACUCCUGCCAGUGUCCCGAGGGAUACGCCGGUCAGACCUGCGACAUCGACAUCUCCAAGUGCCACGACGAGUCGUGCUACAUCCCGCGGAAUCCCAUAUCUUUCAGCGGCAAGAGCUACGCGCGCUACAAGAUCGACAAGACGCUGAUACGGCAAACGAUCGAGGACCGUCUGAGUCUGUCCCUGAGGAUCAGAACGGUGCAGCCCACCGGCAAUCUCAUGUACGCGGCCGGCAAGGUCGACUACAACAUCCUGGAGAUCGUUAACGGCGUGAUGCAGUACAAAUUCGAUCUCGGCAGCGGCGAGGGUCUCGUGCGAGUGAGCAGUGUGUACGUGAGCGACGGACAGUGGCACGAGAUCCAGCUUGAUCGCGAGAGCAACAGCGCUCGAUUGACCGUGGACGGGAAACACCUCGCUCAGGGUUCCGCGCCCGGUAUCAACGACAUUCUGAAUCUGCAGUCGGACGAUCUGUAUCUGGGCGCCGAAGUGAGGCAGCAUCCGUCGAUCAUCGGCUUCGAGGACGUGCAACGCGGCUUCAUCGGCUGCAUGGACGACGUGAGAAUCGCGCGGGUGUCCGUGCCGUUGCACAUGAGCGGCGCCAGCAGCGUAGCGACCCUCAAGCGCUUCGCUAAUGUGGAGUUCAGCUGCGACACGGCCAUCAUCCUAGUGCCGCCGGGUGUCUGCGGCUCGCAGCCGUGUCAGAACGGUGGCACCUGCAAGGACAACGGCGGCGACAGCUACGAGUGCCAGUGUCACAGCCGGUUCGCCGGUCUCGCCUGCGAGAUCGACACGGACCCGUGCGCCUCGUCGCCCUGCCUCUACGGCGGCCGCUGCAAGAUCGUGCCGGAGGGCAGCGAUUACGUCUGCGAGUGCGUCGGGCCGAGUCUCAGCGGUAAGCGCUGCGAGUUCGGCAGGUACUGCAGCCCGAAUCCGUGCAUCCACGGCGGCGAGUGCGAGGAGGGCAACAACGGGCCGAUCUGCAAGUGUCAGGGCUUCAGCGGCGAACGCUGCGAGUUCGAUGUGAACGAGUGCGACGCGAGUCCGUGCACGAACGGCGGCACCUGCGUCAACGAGAUCGGCACGUACAGGUGCAUCUGUCCGCCGAACAUGACCGGUCUGAACUGCGGCAACCCGGCCUUCUCCACGCCCAUCAUAUCCAGCCACUUCAACAUCACGUGGGAGCAGCUCAUGUGGAUCGGCGUCGCGGUCCUGUCCAACGUACUGCUCAUCAUAAUAUUCUUCACCUUCCGGCGGAUCAGGAUGAAGCGGACGAGAGCGCGCGCCAAUAACAUCAACAACGAGACGCGAAAGCAGAUCGUCCUGAAUUCCGCGCGGCCGCACGAGCACGAGUUCAAGCGCAGUUCGAAACUGAGCAAUUUAGAAGUCAUACAGAGAGAACCUCCCCAAUGCCCUCCCAGACCCGCCUCCUACACUCCCAGCUCGAACAACGAGCCGGCCGCGUACGGUAACUCGGCUGCGGUGGCUCUAAAUAACUUGGACACCUUGCGCAGCUACGGCAGCGCGGGCGACGAGCUAGAGAACUUCCCGCCGGAUUACCUGCGCAAUCUCAACCGCAGCACUCCCGUACCACCCCCGUCCUUGACCCUUGCUAAUCCGGUCGGCGGGAACGCAACUGGCAGCGACACGGACAGCCUUCACAAGCCCACCUGGCAGGAACAGAUGCAGCUCGCCUCCUUCAUUACCGACACCACCAAGAUCAAGAAUGACCUGAAACGAGCGAGUCCAGUGGUACCGGAGCUGACCACUGGAGGACUUCUACUAAACUCUUCUCGACGAACGCCUCAUGCGGUUGGAUCUUCCGUCACGUCCGUCACGUCCAUCGAGGAUGAUCCUCGCAUCGUCGGCGGGUAUCACUGGGACUGCUCAGACUGGGUCAGGCGGAGUCACAAUCCUUUACCUAACAUCACGGAAGUACCCGGCAGCGAGGUCCCAGACUCGUCCAGCUUCCACAGCAAUGAGAGUAACGAAUCCAAUACUCAUCAGUUGCCAACAAUGCACGGUCCGAUAGAUCCGAUGAGGGAUAUCGAGACCCUGAACGAGGAUCAAGAGUCGGAAUACGUCGGCGAUUCCGAAUGCGGGACCGAAUUCUCGGAGCAGUAUCACUGCGCCGAGACGCAACGUCUCAAUCCUCUCGACAGCGGUGGCGAGGGGGAGUACAAGUACAAGAGCUCCGAGAGUUACCUGCGCCAUCCGAACUCGUAUCUACCGCAUUAUAAUAUUCACACCGACACCGAGAACGAGACGAAUCCGCUCAACGGCCGUCUCAGCACCCUCGAAUCCGACGAGGAAGAAGACGAUGUAGUGCCUUAUGGUUUUCCGAGCACCCGCCGUAACCGAUGCCACAAGGUGAUCGAGGAGGACGAGAUCGGCUCUGUCAUCACCACGCUGGAGGAGAGAAACUCGCUGCUGGGCGGCGCGAGUAACAGCGAUCUCUCUACGAAUCUGUGCGAGAUCGACGAUUCCGAGUACGAGAUCGCGGAUCAGAAGAGCAACGGACGCCUGUGGCUGUCGGGAAACGGUAUCACGCAGACCUCGGUGUGACAAACGAUGGUGCCGAAGUACGAGGACAAACUGAAGCGUGCAAAAGCGUGUUUCUUAGUGCUUCUACGAUUGAGACGCGCGGAUGUCUGUGAAUAUGCAAUUUUGUACAUAGGUGUUAUAUCGCCAUAGAUAAGACAGUCUGUACAGGCAGCUAUGAAGUAAGAAAAGCGUUGUGCGAGCCACCGGCGUGUUUCCCGACGCACGCUGCACGUAUGAUGUAUAUCGCGGAAAUACAUCACGCCUCAAAUCUCCUCCUACACGGGUAGAGUUCAAGCAUCAGCGUACUUAAUUCUGCAAGCUAAUCGCUAGUAAUUAAUCAUCUUAUAAUUGCAAGCAGUGCGUGCGUUACGUUCUAUUGAAGCGGAUAACAAAUUUAGUUUCAAUUUUAUUUAUUUCAUUGAAAGUAGAAUAAUCGACGUUAUUUCGUGGCUUAAUGGAAAAAUAGAUAUAUCUGAGAACGCACAUGUAAUUCUUGUAUAUUUCUCUACGUCUGUAUUUUCAAGCCGUUUAUUAAUGUAAAUAAUUUAAAUGCUAUCGUUUAUUUACAAGAAAUGUUAAUUGCUUAUUGAGUAACGCCACAACGUCAAUAUUGAUCUUUAUUUUUUCAUUUUGGAAACGUAAAAUAUAAUAUUCCUUUCGACUCUACCAAGGGGAUGAGAUUUAUUAGAGAAAAAUAAAUUAUAGCAACUAUGAAGACGUGCGUAAGAAAUUAUCUUGAUUGCGAAAAGAGAUUCAUUACUCGAGAAAGGUAAAGUUAAUCACGACCGUGUCGUCAGACCAAUGACUAUUGUUUAAUGACCUAUCGUUUAAAUUUAACAUAUUAAUCCAGCAACUAUAAUUCCAGUGCAAAAAGAUACAUAGGUACAUUUAUGUAUUUUUACUAUUUGCUAACUAACUUUAUUUUGGUUACGUAUAAAAUGAACCGACGGACUACUUAAUAAUGCAUAUAUUAAGUAAAAGGUAGCAGAUUAGCGUGUAAGUAAACGAACUCUAGUGAAAAAGAAAGCAGCCUCCUCCGCGUUACGAAACGAUGUGUGCGUGGUUGUGCGCGUCUUAUGCAAUGAGGCGCGAGUUGAUAGUUAAAAAAGAUAUGAUAAAAUAUUUUUACUGUGAUGAUAAUAAUGUUUAUACGAUGAUCAAAUACUAUGACUUGUAUCAUAAUAAUUGCAACGUUAAUUAUCCGACGUUUUAUAACAGAAAUUAAAAAAAAAAAAGAGAAGAAGAGCGAUGGAAGGGGAGCGACGUCCUCCUCCUUAUAGAUGUAAGCUAAGUCAACGUUCCGUUUAUUUAACUCUUUCUUUUUUCUUUCUUUUUUAUCUCCCCAUUCAUCAGUCACCAUUAGUAUGACCGAGAAAUCUGUAUACAUGGUGCUAUUUACAUCAUGCUUUGUCAUCUAUUUACUCUUUAAUAAGACUGCUCAGCGGGUGCGAAGUAUUCGCUCUUUUUACCAAUCUGCCAUUUGCAUUUCAUGUAUCAUUGUUCAUUAUAGAAACUUGUCCGUACGAUAUAAAACGCGGUACUUUUUAAA